CCUUGUAUCUUAAGAAGCCCAUUUCAGCAACUGUAACUAAGUUUUUGGUCGGUGGGUUUUCUUAGAAUUUGAAGUUAAUUUGUUCAGGAUGAGAGUUUUGUGAGUUAUUUGUGUAUUUCUUUUUGGGGUGUUUGAGUUUUUCAGUUGAUGAUAUGACAAUGUUGCCUGUUUGUUCUGCAACUCCAAGCUGUUCUUCUCAUUCUCAGAUUUCAGCCCAUGGAGGGUUGCGCCCCUUUUCCUCAUUCCAGAAGGAAAUUGAGGCCAGAUGUCUGCUCGAAUAUCGGGUCUUAGGAUUGUCAAAUGGAGUGAAUUUGCAAAGAGAUUUCUUCAGAACACAUGCCGCAAAGUCUUCCUAUUCUAAUUUUGUGAAGGGCACAGAAAAAUUGGUCUCCGCUAAUUUUAUUGCUGAAAAUUCCUGCCAAAAUGAGUCAGACUAUCUUAAAUGCAAGCAUUCCUAUGCGUGGAGCUCUUCAACAGGAGAUGAAUAUAAAAGUCAUCCAACGGGAAGCGUUGAACUGAAGUAUGUUGAAAACUUGGACCUAUCUGCCACAGAUAAUGGAGUGGUGGAUCUUACUGACAAUUUGAAUGAAAAUGCUAAUGUUUUGUCUGGCUAUGUACAACCUGAAACCAUUACAUCUGUUGAUUUAAUGCCAGAAUCAUCCACCUCGGCGGCUCCAUCUGUCUCCCUAGAUGUGGAUGGUGAUUCGUUGUCUGGUGCAAAAUCUAGUUUCGAGGAGUUUACAGCUGGGGUUAGUAGUACUUUUAAUGAUUCAAUCAGCAAAGGAGAAAAUGCUGUGAAUAGUUCACUUGAGACAGUCAAUUCAUCAAUAUCAUCUAUCAUUAGAAGCGCUAAUGAUGCAGUGGAUGGUGCUGUUGGUAAAGUGUUUUCAACUUUCGAUAAAACCGGAGAAUUAGCUGGUAAUAAAGUGACAAAUUUUUCAAGUGACCUGAAGGAAACCACAAGCAAAGCAGCUGUUAUUGCUGUUGAUUUGUUGAGACGUACAAUUGUUGCCGUGGAGGAUUCUUUAACAAAUGGCACUUCCUUUGUUAUUUAUUCUUAUCAGUCUGCCAAAGAAUCGCUUCCUCCUGAGAUUAGGGAUGCACUUAAUUUGUCUGAAGAGAAAGCAAAUCAAAUUCUUGGUCCUGCUAAGAUUGCUUUUCAGAAGGUUUAUAUUGCUAUUGAGGGGUUAGAGAAAGGUCUUGGCUUGGACCCAAAUGAUCCAAUCGUUCCAUUUGUCCUUUUUCUUGGCACCUCUGCAACGUUAUGGGUCUUCUAUUGGGUGUUGACAUAUAGCGGUUAUGCGGGAGAUUUGUCUCCUCAAUUAACUUUGGAGAUCUUGACAGGGAAGGAGAAUGCUGUACUCAUUGAUAUCCGGCCUGAGGUUUUGAGAGAACGAGAUGGCAUUCCAGAUCUCCGACGAUCAGCUCGGUAUCGCUAUGCAAGUAUAACUAUUCCUGAGGUUAAUGGGUCUCAACGCAAGUUGUUCAAGAAUGGACGAGACCUUGAAGACACCUUGACUGCUGCUGUUAUUCGGAACUUGAAGAUUGUCCAGGACAGAUCCAAGGUUAUAGUUCUUGAUGCUGAAGGUUCUCGUUCUAAAGGAAUUGCAAGAUCCUUGAGAAAGCUUGGGGUUAAGCAAUCUUACUUGGUUCAAGGCGGCUUCCGGUCUUGGGUGAAAGAGGGUCUUCGUGUUAAGGGACUCAAACCUGAGACGGCGCUUACCAUACUCAACGAGGAUGCAGAAGCAAUCCUGGAGGAUAUUAAAACUUCUCCAAUACAAGUUCUUGGGUAUGGCGUGGGUUUGAUCGCGGCGUCGUAUGCAGUAUUAGAAUGGGAGAAAACACUCCAAUUCAUUGGCGUUAUUGGCCUUGGUCAGACCGUAUUCCGGCGUGUUGCUUCUUAUGAGCGCGCUGACGAUUUCAAACAAGAUGUGAGGCUAUUGCUUGCUCCUGCUAGAAUUGGAGCUCAGGCAUUCUCAUGGGCAGCCGGAAAAUUGGAGUCGAACCGUGUUGGAAUUCCGACAUCUCCAUCAUCCUCAGAUGUCCAAAACCGGGUUCUCCAGGCAGCUGCAAAGCACGAAUCUCAACCAUCUGAUGCUGAAGGUUUAGCUGAUCAAUCUCCCGAGUCAACGAUUUCUGUAAGCGAGAAUGUAGAUCUCUCUGAAGCGUAGAGCUUCAGUUUUUCUUGCUGCGGUAUCACUUCAACUGUGAGCCUAAUAUUCUGACUUGAGAACACAAAUUACCCUUGUUACUGUACAAUAAGCAGUCAUUCACAAAUUACUCCCCUUCUUUUUCUUUUGUUUAUGCAAAGUACGACUGUUAUGUACCUUUUUUCUUCAAAUAAAUAACCCAAGUUUUGUACAUUUUCGUUA